AUGCACGAUCUCGAGACUCUCAAAAGUGGCGGCUACAGGAAAUGCUGGCCUCAGCCAAACUCACGCUUUCAGGAUGCCGUGUCUUUCUCCAACUGCAACUUCAAGGUUUUCCCGCGAGAGCUUGCAUCAUGCCUUGCUUUAGAAAGUGUUGGGUUCCGCAACAAUGGCAUGGAGGAGGUUCUUGAGGAUACCUUCCCGCCUCUACUUCGCUACCUUGUUCUCACAGGCAACCGCAUCACCACACUGCCAUCCAGUAUCGGCCGCUGCGAUCAUUUACAAGAAUGCAGGCUCACCGGAAACCAGCUACGGGGUCUACCCACUGAGAUGGCCAACUGCAAGGAGCUCACCCUCCUCCGUCUCAGCUCCAACCGCCUCUCGGUUCUUCCUUCCUGGCUAUUUACUUUGCCCAAACUAGCCUUUCUCUCUUUUAACAGCAACCCCUGCGCAUCUCCAACCACCAACGGACUUCACGCACCCCGUGGACUCGCCAGCAUCGCCUGGUCCGAUCUCGAAGUACAGCAACCUAUCGACGCACACACCUCGCAAGGCCUCUGGCACCAAUCGCCACACUACGCCGAAGACGUGGCCAUCAAACUCUUCCGCAGUCCCGCCCGUGGGGUCGAAAAUGAAGACAACAACAACGACGACGAUGCACUGACCGUCCCAGCCGCGCUAUCCAUGCUCACGGGCCUCGCGCACUGCCUCGCGCACCUCCACGCGCGCGGCAUGGCGCACGGGUCGUUGGACCCGCGCCACAUCCUGGCCAGCGCGGCCGACCAGCACGCGCUGCUCACGGGGUUCCGGGCGGCGACGGUGUAUGGCCACGGUCACGGUCACGGUCACGGUUUGGGGGCGGGCAGUGAGAAUGGGCGCGGGGUGGAGAGGGUCGAGGUGCUUGCCUUUGGGAGGGUGGUGGAGUAUGUUUUGGGGGCUGCCGCUGCUGCUGCUGCUGCGGGCGGUGGUGGUGGUGAUGAUGAUGUUGAUGUUGAUGAGGAGAAGAGGAAGGAGCGGGAGGCCGUGGAGGAGGGGCUUGGGGAGCUGGGUGGGCGGUGUGUGGCGGUGGACGUCGCGGCAAGGCCGGGGUUCGCGGAGGUGGUGGAGGUGUUGGAGGGUUUGAUGGGCUGGCGAGGGAUGAUGCGAAUUCCGGACGUUGAGCCUCGGUAG